AUGUCAUCCCCCCCGGAAUAUGUGAUUGGCUGCCUCGGUUGGGGCUACAACUGGGACGCAGAUAAUAUCAAGGGCUUACUAGAUCGCCUUGAGGUGGCGGGGAUCAAGCACUUUGACACUGCCCGCUUCUAUCCGCCUUCCAACUCUGGAGCAUCUGAGAAGCUUCUGGGGAGUGUUCGGCGAUCUGACUUUGUCGUGGAUACCAAGAUUCUCUUCAGGCCUGAGGGCUUGCGGAGAGAUUUGAUGGAGGAGUCCCUGCGUCAGAGUUUGGAAAGCCUGGGCGUUACAAAGGUCAAGACUCUCUAUGCCCACGCCCCGGACAAAGUGACCCCAAUUGCCGAGCAGGCCGCCAAUUUUAACCACUUCUAUCAGGCUGGCUACUUCGAGCAGCUCGGCCUAUGCAACUAUCCCCCUGAGCAGUUGACCGAAUACAUUGAGAUUUCUAAGGAGAAAGGCUAUGUUCUUCCCGCGAUCUACCAGGGCCAGUACAACAUAUUUUGUCGCCAGUACGAGACCGAUCUCUUUCCUCUCCUGCGAAAGCACGGAAUUCCCUUUGUCGCCAACUCUCCUCUCGCGGGGGGCUUUGCUACAGGCAAAGUCAGCGGUACCCAAGAUGCCGAAAAGCUGAAGGGCACUCGAUUCGAGCAGAGCGAAACCAACAUGCUGGGUUUCCUUUACCGCAUGUGGUAUGAUAAGCCGGUGUUUCAUAACGCGAUCGGGGAGCUCAAAUCUGCGGUGGCGCAAUAUCAGGGCGAGGCGACCAGUUCAGCCCUAGCCCAGGUGGCGGUGCGCUGGCUUUUGUUCCAUUCUGAUCUGCAGAGCACCGAUUAUGUUGCCAUCGGUCCUAAUAAUCUCGCGCAACUCAAUGACUACCUCGAAGCCCGCGAGGCAGGUCCCCUUCCCGAUGAACUUGCGAAGAACAUUGAUACCCUCUAUGAGCCACUCCGUGACGAGGCUGCGCCAUUUGUGCAGAUUGGCUGGUGGUCAAUGUAA